AAGUGCUCGUACAGUCAAAGAACAACAGUGGCGUAUGAAGAGGCUGGCUAGGGAGAACAUUGCAUAUUGGAAACGUUCACGUCGUUUUGACAGAGAAAUCAAAAAAAGAUUAGAGAAGGAAGCCGAGGAACAAAGAAAAAUCGACCACGAACUUGUAGAAGCCAAACGUCAACAGAGGAAACUGAAUUUCCUCAUUACACAAACAGAACUAUACGCUCACUUUAUGUCUAAAAAACUUGGCACUGUUUCGACAGAAGAGCAGUUGAGAAUAUUGAGUCAGUUGGAUGAAGACAGUUCCAAUAAACCUCUCUGUGAUACUUAUGAUAGUGAUGCAAUGAAGGAACUAGCAAAGAAAAACGCAUUGGAUGCCUUUCAAAGUGAAAAAUCUCGAACUAAACAUUUUGAUCAACACGCUAACUCAUGUCUAGGUGACUUUGACUCGAUUGAUGGGGAACAACCUCAGCCAGAGUUGUUCAUGGGAAAACUGAAGGGAUACCAAUUGAGAGGAAUGAAUUGGUUGGCUAAUUUGUAUUCACAAGGAAUAAGUGGUAUCCUGGCUGAUGAGAUGGGACUAGGCAAGACAGUACAGAGUAUAGCCUUCCUUUGUCAUAUCGCCGAAAAAUAUUGUACGUAAAAAUCACUUCAUAUA